GUGAUAAAAUAGAUCCCAAUGUUAAGCUUUUUAGUGGAGCGUGGUUGACAACACACAUUGAUGAUUCAUGUAUUUACAAAAAUACCACCCUCCCAGCAGUCUCAUCCUAUAAACCCUUCACUGCGCUGCAAGUCUGCAACACACAGACCAGACAGGAAAGCACACACAGAAACAACAAACAAACAUGGCCAAACGUUUCAAACUGAGAUUCUCCAAAGUUAUCUCCUCUUUCAACUCUUGCCGGUCCAAAGACCCCUCCACUCUCCCAAUUGUUCCUGUCCCUUCAUUUCUUAGACUCUCUCCGGUCAAACGCAACCCCAUCACCCUCCAUCUCCCACCACCAACAGUACCUUCCUCCAAGCCCCGCUACUCCUCCUCCAUCAAGCGCCACGUCUCCUCCGCAUUCACAUCCAUCGGCUGCGGCUUUAAAUCCAGAUCCAGCGUACACCACGAAAACCGCACCGAAUCACCUCCUUCCGAUCAUGAUCAUCUCUUCCAUUGGGAAGAACAUGACAAAUGGCACGUGGUCAACAAACUCUAUAGCGAAGAAGAAGAUGAGGAGGAGACCCCUCGUCGCAAAAUCUACAACUCCUCCGCUUCCGGACACACAUCCGACGCCGUUUUGUCUCUCCCCCCACGAAACGCAAAACGACGAACCAGAAAGAAGAAAACGAAACCAAGAAUCCGAGUCAGCACUUCCUCCGCCGAUGCCGGGUUAUACUUCAGCAGCGAGAGCUUCGCUGAUGACGUGGACGAUGAGGCACUGACGGAAACCUUGGUUUCUUCUUUCGAAAGCUUCUCCACGGAUUCCUCCCCACCGAAAGCCAAGAAUUCGAAACGACGCCGUCUCAAGCCACGAAAGAGCUUCGGAGCGUCGUCGUUUUCGCCGGCGAGGCUGUCGUUGUUUCAGGGGCUGAUACCGUGCGUGGUUGAAGGUAAAGUGAGGGAAAGCUUUGCCGUAGUGAAGAAAUCGAAGGACCCAUACGAGGAUUUCAAGAGGUCGAUGAUGGAGAUGAUAUUGGAGAAGCAGAUGUUUGAAGAGAAAGACUUGGAGCAGUUGCUUCAUUGUUUCUUGUCGUUGAAUUCUAGGGAUCACCAUGGGGUUAUCAUUGAAGCAUUUUACGAGAUUUGGGAGGCUUUGUUUUGUAGAAGAUCAACAGGCGGUAGAGUUUCAUCUGUCAAAAUAAGACCCUUUUAGAUAGCCAGUUCUUUGUUAAUGUAGAUAUUAUGUGGUAGGGUUUAAUCAUGAUUCUUAUUGGAUAGAUUGAGGCAGUCAGGCUUAACUGCUAAUGUAUUCCGAUUGAUCUGUUUUCGUAUUAAUGAUGAAAUCUCUCUUAAUCUACUUGGAUUAUAACAGGCUCGCAUGCUCUUUGAAGUAAUGAUAA